UUUCUUUUUAGGCGAAAUGGUCGUGAUGUAUUUAUUUACUAGAUACAGAUUCAAUUGGGACGAAUUCGAUUUUAGCAUUUUUUCAGCUUACAACAUGAUAACUGGAUUUAUAGGAACUGGAAUUUCAGUGGGACUUUUCAGCCAAAUAAUGCGAAUUGAUGAUGCUUUAAUCGGCGUAAUUUCUAGCAUGAGCAAAGUGUUAUCAAGUUUCGUUUACACUUUCGCAAAAACAUCUUUAGUUUUUUAUUUAGGAGCCAUCGUCGAAAUCUUUAACGGGACUUCAUUUAUCGCGAUGAGAUCGAUCGCUUCUAAAUUAGUUCCAACCGAAGAAUUAGGUAAAGUUAAUUCUUUAUUCGGUGUUUGCGAAGCUUUAAUGCCUUUAGUGUAUGGUCCUAUGUACAGCGCGACUUACGCGGCAACAAUGGAUACAAUGCCGGGGGCUUUUUUGUUGUUAGGAGGGGCUUUAACAAUUCCGGCUGUAAUAAUUUUUGGGUGGAUGUAUAUUCAGCAUAAAAAGGAAGCCAAAGAGUCUAAAAUUAAUCAAGAUUUGGAAAAAUCCGAAAAUAAACAAGAAAACGGAGUUAUUUCAAAUGAAGAUGGAACUUUGCGAUCUCAAUUUCUUGGUAUAGAAAAUGCAGCUUUUGAAAUGGAGAAGUACAAAUUAUGAAGAAAAAAAAACUUAGAUUGAUUUAACGUUUAAAGAACAUAAAAUAUAAAAAUGAAUCAAUUAAA